CUUCUCAUCCACCAUCUCUCUCUCUCUCUCUCUCUCUGAUCUUCAACGUUCCUCUCGUUUCCUCACAGCAACAGAAAGCAAAAGCAGUAAGUUACAGUGAGAUCAUCAUGGCCGUUGAUCUAAUGCGUUUCCCUAAGAUGGAUGAUCAAAAAGCUAUCGAGGAGGCUGCAUCGCAAGGUCUACAGAGCAUGGAACACCUGAUCCGCGUCCUCUCUAACCGCCCCGAGCAACACAGCAACGUUGACUGCUCCGAGAUCACCGACUUCACCGACUUCACCGUCUCCAAAUUCAAAACCGUUAUUUCCCUCCUUAACCGUACAGGCCACGCCCGGUUCAGACGCGGACCGGUUCACUCAACUCCCUCAUCUCCUCCUCCUAUACAACAGAGCCAGUUCGUAAAAACCGCUCAAUCCGAAGCUCCGGUUAUCUCCCAACCGGCGGCGAGAACGACGGCGAGUCUCCCUCCGUCGAGGCCGAGCGUGACACUCGACUUCACUAAACCGACCAUCUUCGGAUCCAAACCCAACAGCUCUGAGCUGGACUUCUCCAAGGAAAACUUCAGCGUCUCGUUAAGCUCUUCCUUCAUGUCGUCGGCGCUAACCGGCGGCGACGGCAGCGUGUCCAAGGGAUCUUCGAUCUUUGCUCCGUCGCAGCCUGUCACAUCCUCUGGUAAGCCGCCCUUGGCUGGUCAUCCAUACAGACGAAGAUGCGUCGAGCACGAGCACUCUCAGAAUUUUUCCGGCAGAAUCUCCGGCUCCGGCCACGGCAAAUGCCAUUGCAAGAAAAGCAGAAAAGAUCGUCCGAAGAGAACCGUUAGGGUACCGGCGAUAAGUGCAAAGAUCGCCGAUAUUCCACCGGAUGAGUUUUCAUGGAGGAAGUACGGUCAAAAACCUAUAAAGGGCUCACCACACCCACGUGGUUAUUACAGAUGUAGUACUUAUAGAGGAUGUCCGGCGAAGAAACAUGUGGAACGAGCUUUGGACGAUCCAGCUAUGCUUAUAGUGACUUACGAAGGAGAGCACCAUCACAAACAAUCAGCGAUGCAAAUGAAUGUUUCUUCUUCAGGCGUUAAUGAUUUGGUGUUUGCUUCGGCAUGAUUUUGAUUUGUAUUGUUUUUUUUUGUGAGUAUUAGAUGGAAUGCUUUGUAAAUUUUCUUACUAAAAAUAUUUUAAUUAGAGAAACAGUCUCCGGUGGAAUAUAUUUCUACGAACAUGA